AUGGUAUCUCCCGCACAAGACGCCCUCCGGCGCAGUAUGAUCGGACAUGGCGCAUGGAUGAUCCUUUCCAGUCUCAUUGGCGGCUUGGGCCUUUGGUGUUACAUUUUGGGAGGAUUUGAGAUCAUUCCCGGAUAUGUCCUCAAGUUCGACCUUGCUGGCAGCGAAACGGGCUGGGUUCGAUGUCACACCGGGCCGGUCGCGAACGGAUUCAUGGUCAUAGUCACAGCACUCGGAAUCCCCCACCUCGACCUUCCCGACUCCACCGCAGAAUGGCUAGGCUGGAUCGUCAUGAUGGACGGGUGGUCGAAUGUUGGGUUUUAUUUCUUUGGCAACGUGUCACCCAACCGGGGCCUGGCUUUUGGAACGAGUCGUCUGGGGCCCUCGAACAUUUUCAGCGUGUUGGCGCUUGGUCCUGCCUAUCUCUUCGGGGUCCUGGCAAUGGGGGCCUUUGGCCUGUUGGGUUACCACGCCCUCUUCGCCAGCAAGAGCAGCAAGGAAGCUAGCCGAAAAGCAUCUUGA